GGAACAGUCUGUCUGGAAGAGAGGGAUGCAAACAUGGAGGAAAAUACUACUGCAAUUAUUGGAUGGAUGGUCCUGCAAUGCAACAGGUGCUUGGUUGAUCAAAAGUUGAUGUUUGAUGGUUUACUGCAGGGUCUGGAGCUGCACCAACUGUGUUAAAACCUCAGUUUUUUGGAUGAUGCAUGAAAAAACAAAAGGUAAAUUGUCAUAUGAGUGGUGGAUUGAGCUGCUAAGAAUUCAUAACCGUUUAUAUUCUACUGGUAAUCUACUCAAGCUUCAAUAAAAUACACAAUCAUGGGGUCAUAAUGAAUAAGAGGUGCUGUAGUUGCUAAAUGAGUUAGAGAUGUCAUGUGUUUACAUGCACAGGAGCAUCCCAGCCUCUUCCAGGUAUUUCUGUAUUAUUUAUUUAUUACUCCUAUUGGGUUGUCUUCUCUCCGUGGACGUGGCUGGUGAUACAGAUCCGUUUGCAGUGUUUGGACAGUGCACAUCCACUGGGACUCGCUCUGUACUUUUGUGUUGUUGUUUUUUUUUAAAUCCAUAUACCUUCUACAUUUUUGUCUUCAGGAUGGACAAAUGUAAGAAAUAAGCGCAUGAGUGAUAUAUUUUUGAGACUUUCUUCAGCGUCGUCGACCCAUCCUGUGAGGGGUCUUGGACUCCGUCGACAUCUUAAAUGCCUUUAAGUGUGAAAAGGCUUUGGACGUUCAGUGAUUUGAAUGUGUACAAGCAACAGAUUACUUGAUAAAGAUGGGUAAUAAACAAACCAUAUUUACUGAUGAGCAACUUGAUGCCUACCAGGACUGUACUUUUUUUACCCGCAAAGAAAUCCUGCGGCUGCAUGGCAGAUACCAUGAGUUGGCUCCACAUCUGGUACCAAUGGACUACACCAAUGACCCUGAAUGUAAACUACCUUUAGCCUUGAUAGUAAAUAUGCCAGAGUUAAAGGAAAAUCCAUUCCGCAACAGGAUUGUAGAGUCUUUCUCAGAGGACGGGAUGGGAAAUCUCAGCUUCAAUGAAUUUGUGGACAUGUUCUCAGUGUUGAGUGAGAUGGCUCCGAGGGAACUGAAAGCCAUAUAUGCCUUCAAAAUAUACGAUUUCAAUGUGGAUAAUUACUUGUGCAAAGAGGAUCUGGAGAAGACACUGAACAAGCUGACAAAGGAGGAGCUGACUCCAGAAGAGGUCGAGCUUGUGUGUGAGAAAUCCAUCGAGGAGGCUGAUUUGGAUGGAGACAACAAGCUGUCCUUCGCUGACUUUGAAAACAUGAUAACUAGAGCGCCUGACUUUUUAAGCACCUUUCAUAUCAGGAUCUAAAAGGGCUCUGUGGAAAGUUUCCAAGGUGGACAGUGUGGAUUCUACCUCCUCUGUGUGCGGCCACAGCACAUCCAUCAGUGGUCCUUAUGUUAUCCUGCCGUUACUAAAUCCUGCUCAGUUAAAAUGCACAGAGAUGCAUAAAGGAAGGAUGAAAGAUUCUCAGGACUCUGCAUCUCUUAACAGAUAAUAGAAUUUAGUUUUCUAUUCAUCAAACAUAAAAUGUGAUCUUAUUCAGCACUGAAUAACUGAUCAGAUGAGAUAUAUGUAUUCCGUAAUAGUAAAAUGUAUAUAGACUUGCUGCAUGUUGCACAUAACCUGAGUGUUGCCCUAAAAUGACACAUUAGAUAUGUAAUAUUUAUAUCACAGAGGACAAAGGCUGAAGGGGAUAGAAUCACAGUAUUCGCAUUAAGGGCCUAAAUAUAAUUGUCUAUCUGAGCUAUGCAAUAUUUUUAAACAUAUGUAACAUCUGAUCAGCGAUAUAAACCAAGGUUAUGUUUAUGCUUCAGAAAAAGGAUUAUGAUGACAAUCAUUUAUAUCCUACUGUUUGUCAGUGAAUGAAGGGCUCUGCAAUCUGAACUCACUGUUCCAGCCGUUAUCAUGAGAUGUUUGUCAUAUGUAUGUACAUUUUUCAGUAUUUAAUAACCUAAUGCUCUUUGUCUUACUUUAAAUAAAUGUUUUCCUUUGCUGUC